AUGUUUUUUUCCAGAUUGAAAUGCCACCACGAAUCAGCCCUCUUAAGGAUGCCAUGCAUCAUGUUGUCACGAAGUCUGACAAAACUAAAUUAGAGGUGAAGUACAUCAAUGCGGUGAAAGGACGUGGAUUAUUUGCAAAAGGUUCCUUAAAUAUCCUUAAGGCGAUUUUAUUGUGGAGUACAGGGGUGAGUUGAUCAAUUAUGCAGAGCUAAAGAGGAGAAGAAAACUCUACCACCCAUCCUGUGCUGUUUUUAUGUUCGAGUUUAAGUGGAGAGGGAAAACAUUGUGCAUUGAUGCAUCUAGGGAAGAUGGAUCAUUUGGGCGGUUAGUUAACGAUGACCACCAACAUCCAAAUUGUAAGAUUAAGAAAAUCGAAGUGAAUGGAAAGGCACGCCUUUGUUUAUUUGCGCUGAAAGACAUUAAAAAAGGAGAAGAAAUCACAUAAGAUUAUGGGGGAGACGACUGCCCAUGGAGAACCCAAGAGAGCAGCAUUGCUGCUAAUAGCAGAGCAGCAGGUGACUCUGAUGCUUCUCUCCAGUCACAGACUCCGAUGGAUGAUGCUUCUCUCUAGUCACAGACUCCGAUGGAUGAUGCUUCUGGUCAAACCAAGUCUCCUCAACAGGAGAGCAGCAUUGCUGCUAAUAGCAGAGCAGCAGGUGACUCUGAUGCUUCUCUCCAGUCACAGACUCCGAUGGAUGAUGCUUCUCCCCAGUCACAGACUCCGAUGGAUGAUGCUUCUGGUCAAACCAAGUCUCCUCAACAGGAGAGCAGCAUUGCUGCUAAUAGCAGAGCAGCAGGUGACUCUGAUGCUUCUCUCCAGUCACAGACUCCGAUGGAUGAUGCUUCUGGUCAAACCAAGUCUCCUCAACAGAUUGCAACCCAGAGCCACAAUGAAAAUGAGAUUUUUGUGCCAAAACUGAGAUGGACUAAAAGUGUCAUGAUGAAAGACACAAAUCUUGAAGAUUCUGAUGAGCUCUUUGAUUCUACACCAGAGAGUUCCGAUGAUUAUGUUCCAGAUACCAUUUCCGAAAGCGACAGUGAUGUUAGCCUUACACUAAACCAGACAAAACGUCGGCUUCUUGAUGAACUGGAUAUUGAUCAGUCUGGCUCAGUGAGUUGCCCUGACUGUGACACCACAACGUCAGACAAAAUGCACAACUUUGCGUCUGAAGCAUCUGGAACAGGAGAAGAACCCAGUUCAAGUCAGAAGACAACAGACGGCAUAGUUGUUAGUGCAUACCAAAAAAGAGAUGGUGCUAGAGUGUACAACAAGAGACAUUACUGCUUGUACUGCAAUAAACCCUAUGCUAAGAUGUGGCUAGAGCUCUAA